CGCCGGAACUUUCGGCAAUCACAGCUGCUAGGAGCCGGAACGGCUGGACCGCGGGCGAGCCUUCCGUUCCGGUUACUAACUGUGGUAGCACGGCCGUGUGCAGCUUCCUUCGUCUGCGUUUCGUUCCCGCGCGCUCUUCUCAGGCGCGCGUUCUCAAGCGUCCUGGCUGCCCGGGCCGUGGCCGUCCGGGCGGUGGCCUGGCUGCUCCUCUGGGAGGCGUCUGUGCUCACGCUAACGCCGUCCGCGGCCUUCACCGCCACCCCCAUCAACGCGGGCAUACACGCCACUUGUUCUGAAAUUAUUUUGAGGCAAGAAGUUUUGAAAGAUGGUUUCCACAGAGACCUUUUAACGACAGUGAAAUUUGGAGAAAGCAUUGAGGACUUACAAACCUGCCAACUCUUAAUUAAACAGUAUAUCCCUACAGGACUUUUUGUGGAUCCAUAUGAGUUGGCUUCAUUACGAGAGACAAACAUAACAGAGGCAGUGAUGGUUUCAGAAAAUUUUAAUAUGGAAGCUCCCAACUAUUUGUCUGAGGAAUCUGAAGUUCUCAUUUAUGCUGCACAAGAUCCACAGUGCAUUGAUUGUUUCCAAGCUUUUUUGCCUGUGCACUAUCGCUAUCAUCGGCCACAUAGUAAAGAUGGAGAAACCUUUAUUUUGGUCAAUAAACCUGAUUUAUUGAUGCAUUGUGAUCAAGAGUUUCCAAUUUUGAAAUGCUGGGCUCAGUCAGAAGUGGCAGCUCCUUGUGCUUUGAAGAAUAAGAAUAUCUGCCAAUGGAACAAUAUGAAAUAUAAAUCAGUAUAUAAGAAUGUGACUCUACAGGUUCCGGUUGGACUGACUGUACAUACCUUUUUGGUGUGUUCUGUGACUCUGCUCAUUACCAUCCUGUGUUCUACUUCGAUCCUUGUGGCUGUUUUCAAAUAUGGCCAUUUUUCCCUAUAAGUUUUAUGCAGUUCAAUGCUUUCCAUAAACCUGAGUAAGAUGUAUUCAUUUGGGACUAGAAGCAUUCUUCUAGAAUUAUGUCAUUACUUUUGUCUUUUGUCUUCAUUUAUGGUUAAAAUUAUGUUUACUGGAGAAAAUUUUGGAUGACUUUCAACUAAUUCCAAAAUUUAGUGCUCUAUUCUGUGGACCUAAAGGGAAAAGGGAAGUUCCAUGGCCAAGAGUCUCACCCAUUGUAUAUGUGUGAUGCAGUAAUACUUAGCCUACUGCACAGGUGUGUGCUUGCAUACCCAUUGGCAAUAAGCUAUUUACGGCAGAUGUUACUCUAAGAAGAGUUCCACCCAUGCUAAGGUGCAGCGGGAAGCAAAAGAGCAGAGAUUAGAGAAGAGAGUAGGAGGGAGCAGAGAUGGAGCCACGAGUGGAGGCAGCCCCUCUGGGGCAGAAGCUGGAGCCAAGGGUAGAGACAGAGAUGGGCUUGGCGCUUGUACACAGCCGGAUGACUGCCGUAAGAAUAAAGCUUUUUAUGAGCCCCUUUUCA